GUCACUGAUACUGCAAAUAGAUCAUGGUAUAAAGAUGGAAAACCUGCAGUUGUAGUGUUUGACUCCAGCAGCCCCGACAGUGGACCCUUAAAAGGAGAAAUAUUUGGCAAACCUACAGAGAAAAGCUGCAGCACUCGCUUCGAUAAUGUCAGUCUAAGUGACAGUGGUUCAUAUUUCUUCAGACUUCAAGGCAGUGGUCAACUGAUAUAUAGCUACACAAAACUCCCAAACCAUCACCCACAAGUUGAAAUUGUGGUCAGAGCGUCUCCACCCAAUCCCACAGUGCUUCUGUUUUAGGAUCAGCAGGAGGUGAUGGAGGUGACGGAGGGAAAAUCAGUGACUCUGAGCUGCUUUAAGAUCUUCUGUCCAUCUCUUCCAUCAUCUCUCACAUGGAGCUCCAGUCCUGAUCACCUCAUCAAUGCAAACAUCACAGAGAAGAAAAACCAAACACAUCAUUACUCUGACCUGAUGUUCACUGUAACUCAGCAUCAUCACAGAGCUGAAUUCACCUGCACUGCAACACACUAUUUACAGGAGCAGAACACAACACACAGCACCCGACAGCUACAUGUUCAGUAUGCUCCUAAAAGUGUAUCUGCUCAUGUAAGUCCAGCUGGUGUUAUUGUGGAGGGUCAUUCAGUGACUCUGAGCUGCAGCAGUGAAGCAAACCCAGCAGUGAACUACAGCUGGUACAGACACACUGAAGGAGACCUGAAACCGGUGCAGACCGGACCAAACCUGACCAUCAGCAACACAAACCUGACUGAACCAAACCUGACCCUGAGCUACUCCAACCUAACCAUCAGCAAUAUCCAUUUGGCUCAAAGUGGACGAUACUACUGUAGAGCUGAAAACCAACACGGCGCUCAGAACACAUCAGUGCUGCUGGACGUCCAGUCCUUCAACAGUGCACAGACUAAUUUCUGCCGUCGGCCUGCUAAUGUUUAACACUUAAAGUCAAGCACACCAGCUUCUGGCAUAGAAGAAAACAAAGCAUUAAAUUUGUCAUUGCUCCAUAAAUUCAUCAAUAUUUAUCUGUUCUCUCUCUGUUGUUUAUGCUGAGAGUCUUUAAUAGCUCUGUAAAUAUGCUUCAUUUCUGAAAAUAUAUGCAUUUGAACUUCAUCAAUCAAUCUGGAUAACAGUUUUAACAUGAGAUUAAUAAUGUGAUGCAUUUAUUUGUCUGUCAAGAUUUCAGUUCUUUUCCCUGCGUUCGCGUGGGUUUCCUCCGUGUGCUCCGGUUUCCCCCACAGUCCAAAGACAUGCGGUACAGGUGAAUUGGGAAGGUUAAAUUGUCCAUAGUGUAUGAGUGUGUAUGGAUGUGUCUCAGUGAUGGGUUGCGGCUGGAAGGGCAUUCGCUGCCUAAAACAUGUGCUGGAUAAGUUGGCGGUUCAUUGCACUCUGGCGACCCCGGAUUAAUAAAGGGACUAAGUCGAAAAGAAAAUGAAUGAAUGAUUUCUGUUUUUCUGUUAACUAUUAAUAGUAUGUGUUAGAAGUAGAGGUAUAAUUACUUUAAACUUAAAAUGUAAUACACCACGUCAAAAUAUAUUGCAAUGUAAAACUGCAACAAUUCA